GAGAGAGAGAGAGAGAGAGAGAGAGACAGAGAGAGAGGGACAGAGACAAAGAGAGACAGAGAGAGACAGAGAGAGACAGAGAGAGAGAGACAGAGACAGAGAGAGAGAGAGAGAAAGAGACAGAGAGAGAGAGACAGAGACAGAGACAAGACAGAGAGAGACAGAGACAGAGACAGAGACAGAGACAGAGACAGAGAGCGAGAAAGAGACAGAGAGAGAGAGAGAGAGAGAGAGAGAGAGAGAGAGAGAGAGAGAGAGAAGCGAGAGAGAGACAGAGAGAGAGAGAGACAGAGACAAGAGAGACAGAGAGAGAGCGAGAGAGAGAGACAGAGACAGAGACAGAGAGAGACGAGAGCGAGAGAGAGAGAAAGAGACAGAGAGAGAGACAGAGACAGAGACAGAGACAGAGAGAGAGAGAGACAGAGACAGAGACAGAGAGAGAGAGAGACAGAGAGAGACAGAGACAGAGACAGAGACAGAGACAGAGAGAGAGAGAGAGAGAGAGAGAGAGAGAGAGAGAGAGAGAGAGAGAGAGAGAGAGAGAGAGAGAGAGAGAGAGACAGAGAGAGACAGAGACAGAGACAGAGACAGAGAGAGAAAGAGACAGAGAGAGACAGAGACAGAGACAGAGACAGAGACAGAGACAGAGAGAGACAGAGAGAGACAGAGAGAGACAGAGACAGAGACAGAGAGAGAAAGAGACAGAGAGAGACAGAGAGAGAGAGAGAGAGACAGAGAGAGAGAGAGAGAGAGAGAGACAGAGACAAAGAGAGACAAAGAGAGACAGAGAGAGACAGAGAGAGAGAGACAGAGACAGAGAGAGAGAGAGAGAGAGAGAGAGACAGAGAGAGAGAGACAGAGACAGAGACAGAGACAGAGAGAGACGAGAGAGAGCGAGAGAGAGACAGAGAGAGAGAGAGACAGAGACAGAGAAAGGAGAGACAAGAGAGAGACAGAGAGAGAGAGAGAGACAGAGACAGAGACAGAAAGAGACAGAGAGAGAGAGAGAGAGACAGAGAGAGACACAGAGACAGAGACAGAGACAGAGAGAGAGAGCGAAAGAGA